AAUUCAUUUAUUUAUAAAAUAACAAUACCUUAUUUGGUCUGAUAUUUUUUCUAACAAUCUUCUUCAUUAAGAGAGCAAGAAAUUAAUUUAAAGGAAGAUACAAAUAUUUAUAUAUCCUACAAAUGAUUUGAAUAUCAAUGAACAAACUAUAACCAUCUCCAUGACCGAUAUAAGCAGCUUAGCAACAGAUGACCCUCUACACAUCUCUUGGCAUGACAGUGCUUGGCUACCCGUACUUAAUACUUCUAACGCAUUGGAUUACUUUUGCCAGAGGGGAAACCCUUUCUACGAUCGAACCUGCAAUAACGAAACCCUCAAAAUGCAGGGGCUAGACGCUCGGACUCACCUCAAAAAUAUGGCCGGACUGGAAUACGCUCUCAUUCACGCCCAAGAACCCGUACUCUACGUCAUAAGGGCCCAGAGAAGGCACAAGGUCGCUUCUAAUUUAUCGGGGAUGACGAAUUCUGGGCAAUCCACAGCUAUCACCACCCCUCUCUCCGAUUAUUAUAUGGUAGCUGGUGUGGUCUACAAAUCGCCUGACCUGGCCACUGUCGUCAAUUCCCGCCUUGGGUCGGCAAUAUAUGCUUGUCAAGCUGCUUUCGGACUAAACGUAUCUUCCCAGUUCGGACCACCACAAGGAUUACCGGUGGAUGAAGAACGUUCAUCCAUGUCUUCAAAACAAAGCGACAUUAAUUUUGUUUACGUCACUGGUCCAUCUGACCGCGGACAAGUUGAACGGGUCGACGCUGCUAUCCGAGACAUGUUGGAAAAAUAUGAUGCGAAUGACCAGGAGAAAAAGGCUCCAUCCAAUGACGAGUUGGAGAAGGGGAAAGAUGAUACCACUAAAAGCCAAAAAUAGAUUAAUAUUAAAGAUGGAAUUCCGUUGGGUAGUCUUGUCAGGAAACGG